AUGGCAGCAAGAGCCUCCGCUUCACCCUCGCCUCCUCCGCAAGCCCCAGUCGCGUCAGUACCCGGACCUCGCGCUGCUGCCCUCCAGAAAGUAUUCGCAGGCGCAUUGUCAUCCUCAAUCAAAGCAAAUUCCUACGCCAAUUUCAGCUCAUGUUUCCCUACCCCAGCGAAAUACUGCCCGACGGCGCUAGAAGGAGUUUGGAGGCAAUUGAAUACGCGGCUGGAAGAGGAGUGCCUGCGCGAUUUUGAGAAGAUAUUGGAGGAGAGACAGGUCAUUGAGGGCCUCAAUCAAUGGGACUGUAUGAUUGAUGAUGCACGACGGAGGAAACACCGUGCCGUCGAGGGAGAAAUGCCAGACAGACCAUUACACACCCUCUCCGGCGAUGAGCUAUACGCUGCACAUCUCGCACCCUAUUUGCAACAAGUCACAGAAGAAUUAAACGCCAAGGUCCAGAAAACCCAGGAAGACAAUGCGGCCAUGGCAGCCAAAAUCAAUGACCAGCGAGCCGAGAUCGAGCGACUACUAAACGGUGUAGAAUGGGUGGUCAAAGAUAUCGAGGGAAGUGUCAAUGCAAUGCACGUGAAUGAACAAGGUGGCGUCAAUGUAUUGAAAAGUGAUGUGUGGCAAAUGGAGCAAGAGAUGGCCGCAACAAAAUGA